AUGGCCAAGAAGCGGCAUGCCAACGGUGAAGGGAAGAAAGUCGUCGCCGAACGCAACAGCAAUGAAAACAAAAAAAACACCCAUCCCAAGAAUGGCGCAGAGGUGGGGAGUAGCAAUAGUGGCCAUGAAAUGAGUACCAGGAGAACGAAAGCACAACAUCCAACGCGUAAAAACGAUGCCCAGAACGGCCAGCUAAAACCACCGCACCCGUAUCUGAGAGAGUUUGACUUCACGGACCUAGCAUAUACUCCUCACACGCUAACGGCACUCGUCGUUCUGGUGUCUGUGAUCCUCUUUAUGGUACGCUAUUACUACUACCCGCACAUGAGUGUGGUGGCCAGUGUAAAACUGGGGUUGUGUGCAGCUUCCCUGUCUUUUAUUGUCUUCGGUAUGCUUCACCUGCCGGAUUCGCUGCUGGUGCGCCCGCAUCCCUGUGUGUGGCGUGUCGUACUGACUGUCGCCCUUAUGUAUCUGGCGCUGUUAUCCUUCAUGCUGUUUCAGAACUUGGAGACGGUACGUGCCAUUAUAGGCCUCUAUGACCCCGCGCUGCUACUGCCGCUGCCGGAGAGACAGUAUGCGGAGGACUGCCGCAUCUCCACCCCCGAUAACCCGUAUCUCUUCUUCCACACCGCUUUUGAUGUCUUCAUAAUCGCGCACGCUCUUGGGUACUUUGUCAAGACGAUCAUCCUGCGGGACUGGCGCGCUGCGACGUGUGUGUCAGUUGGCUUUGAGAUUAUUGAGGUUACCUUUCAGCACGUGCUUCCAAACUUCAAAGAGUGCUGGUGGGACCACCUGCUGUUGGAUGUGCUGUUGUGCAAUGCUGGGGGCACACUGCUUGGCAUGAUGGCGCUGCGAAGACUGCGGGCAAAGGAGUUCCACUGGGUGGCGCUGUGCGACAUUAAGGGUUGCAAAAUGAAGGCGCAACGUAUUCUAGGCCAGUUGGGUCCGCGCAGUUUUAUGGCGUACGAGUGGAACGUCUUCCAUACUCCGAAGCGGUUCCUGCAGUUUGCUGGGCUGCUGGCACUGCUCUUUCUUCAGGAGGUGAACUGCUUCACGAUGAAACACAUUCUGCAGAUACCGUCAAACCACCAUCUGGUGACGGCGCGUCUCGCAAUGUGGAGCUUCAUUGCAAUGCCUACCGUGCGUGAGUACUACGAAUAUAUCAAUACUGCAGAUCACAAGGGUAAACGCUUUGGCACAACCGCGUGGGUUGGUCUGCUGGCGCUCCUACUGGAGACGAUUCUCAUAACGAAGCUGGCAAUUGAAGGGAGCUACUUCCAGGAGCCGAUGCCGAGCUACAUCGCGGUGCCCUGGAUGGUUGCGCUGCUGAUCUUUGCUCUCUGGUUCGCUCUCUUCUUCGGUGCCGUCACAACGCAGGAGAGGAUGACGCGACGAGGGUUCCUCUACGCGGUGUCAAAUGUGCUCUUCUACAGCGGCUGCUGCUGCGUCCUCGCGGCCUUCGUGAUGGGGAUGCCAGACUUGCAGAUUGGCAGGGCGUCGUUCGAGCGUUUUAUUUCACCAUACGAGUCGCGUGUUUUUUUCUGGCGGGAAAUGCAUGGCUAA